AUGUCUCUGCAUUCGCUCCACUACCGAGGCCCCGGGCCCCGAGCCAGUCCCACGGAGCGCCUCAGCAUCGUCUGCGGGCGGAGCGGAGAGUACAGCACUAGUUCAGGGCACAAGACGCUGUGGUCAGCCGGACAGCGGCCGGGCCUCACAUACAGUACGUACGGGAUCACAGGGCUACAGGCCUACAGUGGAACAGUCACGGACCUUUACGCAGGGCCUCUCCAAACCAGUGACUCAACAACAAAGCGACGGAUGUGCGCCUCACGGCCGCAGGCAGGCUCUGAGCCUCUGCGGGGCUGUGUGGAGGCUGUUAGGUCAGAGAAGGUCCAGAGGAAGUCCAGAGGAAGUCCAGAGGAAGUCCAGAGCCUCCGCAGAGUUCAGUCUACAGCUCAAAAAGCGGCUCCGGACCGUUCUCAGAAAGAGGAAGGAGAGGCCGUGGACAGAAUUGACUGUAGGCUACUUCUGCGCAUGCGCCCGGGUCACACUGUGUUUGGGGAUCUGUAA